AAACUUGUACAGUUGUGCAUGAGUCAGAGAUAAGUUCUCUGCAGUAAGGUACCACAUACCUGGCCUCUGUGUCACCGGACCUGAUCAGAACCGUACCGUGAGUAUAAUACCCGUUUUCGGUACUCAGGGAUCACAGCGUGAGACAUUUCUCCUGUCUGAGGCAACAGGGAACAUGGAAUGGACAGUUUAAUCACAAUCAAGAGUGCAAACGCAGAGGGAGUAUCAGGUGUUUCAGGGAAAGUUACAGAGAGUGUGACCACCACAACCAGACUUACCUCCCUUCCUCCAAAGGGCAGCAGUAGUUCAGCGAGCACACAGCGAGUGCUCACAUCGACCUCUAGCUCUAGUUCAGGUUCAGGUUCAGGUUCUGGAGGAACAGUACUGGUGGAGAGGAGGAUCAUCACCCAGAGCAGCGGAGGAGGAGGAGGAGGAGGAGGAGGAGGGGGCAGUAGUAAUGUCAUAUCCUCAGGUGGCUCCAGCAGCAGUACAGUGCAGGUUGUAACUGGUGGCGUAAGCGGAGGGCCGUCUGUGACUUCAUCUUCAAGCGGAGCCGCUGGAGGUUCGGGAGCGUCCCGUAUAACCUCCUCCAUCACUACAGUCGGAGGCGGAGGUUCUGCAAACACUUUCGAGUCCGGCUCGUCUUCUCAGUUUGUGUCCAGCUCUUCUGCGGACUUCGGGAGCCUUUCAGGUGGUUCUCUAAAUCUGUCAGGGGGUGGGGCUUACUCAUCUAUCAUGUCCUCUGGAGGAGGGGCUUCUUCGACUCUUAUAUCAGUGGGAGGCUCCAGCAAAUACACCUCCUCCGCCACAAGCACCAUGAAGAGUGCUACUUACUCACCUGUCACACAGAGGAAAAGCAGCCUGACCCUGCGCACUGCAGGAUAUGAAGGAAGUUCCAGCGGCAACUCCUCCCCUGAAUACACUAGGAAAGAGUAUGCAGCAGCAAGUGCAGCCACCCGAGGCCGUACCCAGACAAGAGAAAGUGAAAUCAGAGCCAGACUGCAGAGUGCCUCUCCAUCCACUAGAUGGACUGAGCUGGAUGAUGUAAAGAAACUUCUCAAAGGAAGUCGCUCCAGUAGCAGCAGCCCCCCUCGCUCUCCCACCAAUACACUACCUAUACCUAAAAAAGCAAGUGUGGACACACGGAUAGAGAGCCACUCAGGUUAUGACACCUCUAUCCUGGAGUCUGCAUACAGUGGAUAUGCCUAUCACACCAACCCCAACAACCUCAGCCCCACUGCCACACUACAACACAACAUGGGGCUGCAGAACAACAUGACUUUGAACUCUUCAGUUAUGAGCGGUGGACUUUCUGCUGGAAAUGCAGUUUACGGGAUGCAGAAUAACCUGGGCAGCGGUGCCGGUGUGGCGGUCACUGCGAAUGGGAUCAGUGUUGCUCCAGUCUAUGGAGUGCAGAAGAACAUUGUGAGCACUACCACGUCCACUACUGCUGCAGCCGUCCCCAGCAGCUCUGUCGCUACUGACGACGUGUUCGUUAAGGAUUACAAGUUUAUGCUGCUGGAGAAAGACAAUGCUCCAGUAAAGAAGGAAAGCGAAAGGCUGAUUAUGUCGAAAGACACGGGCAAAACAUUCACGUCCACCAUGUCCGGUACAGGACAAUCAGCCACGUUUUCAGAUGACUCGCUGAAAAGGGAGAAAAAAAUGAUCUCUGGGACCACAGAAACAGUAACAGUGUCGAACGGUGUCAGGGUUGCUUCAACAAAGGACAAAGCCACAUAUGCAGAGAUUCGUAAAGAUGACUCCGAGGGAGGUGGGAUGGGAUUCUGUUCCUGUUGUACAUGGUGGAAAUGGCUGCUUGGAUUGCUGUUGGGUCUGCUCUUACUGCUGGGGCUCCUCUGUGGACUCAUCGCUCUCGCUGAGGAACUAAAGGCCCUAAAAAUUCGUGUAGAAAAGCUAGAAGGCGGAGGAAGCACUAAAAGCGCUUACACGGGUCCUAUGCCAGCAUCUGUGAACAUUUUAAAUCCACUGGAAUCUGUACAAUAUGAACGCGGUGGAAUAACACGAUCAGAAAACACUAUACAGCUGGGAUCUGACCCCAUGCAGUCCGACCCAGUCGCACUGCAGAGGACCGUAAGACAACUCGUUCAGUCUGAGUUACAGUCAGACAGCAUUAGAGCUACACUGGCAUACUCACUAAAAGGAGAGAAAGGGGAACCUGGGGUAAAAGGUGACCCGGGAGCUCCUGGGAUUAAAGGUGAUGCAGGAUUUCCUGGAGUGCCAGGUUCUCCUGGUCCCCCUGGUCAUCCAGGACAAGAAGGUGCAAGAGGACCUAAAGGAAGUGCUGGUGAGCCAGGGCAUGAUGGCCCACCUGGACAGAGAGGACGUGAGGGACCAACAGGGCCCAGAGGAGAGCCAGGCCCUCCUGGAGUUGGUGAGAAAGGAGAGAAAGGGACAUCUGGAGAUCCUGGACCCCCUGGACCUGCAGGACCAUCUGGACCUAUGGGACUCAGAGGUGAAGUGGGUGCUUCAGGUAAUGCAGGUCUUCCAGGGGCUCCUGGUCCUCAAGGCUUCCGUGGAGAGACUGGUGAUCCUGGACCGAAAGGGGAAAGAGGACCUGCAGGACCUCCUGGAGCUAAAGGUGAUCAAGGAGAAAAAGGGCCCCGUGGUGUUACCGGAGAACCAGGGCAGCCAGGACCCAUCGGUCCACCAGGGGAGAAAGGACCCAAAGGAUCAGCAGGUUCCCCUGGGCCAGAUGGUGCAAAAGGAAAUCGUGGGGACCAAGGACCAACUGGGUUGCCUGGUCCACGUGGGCCAGCUGGACCUCCAGGAGAUGCCGGAGUGCCAGGAACUCCUGGGCUUCAAGGCCCACCAGGUUUGCCAGGAACACCAGGUCAGCCUGGUGCUAAAGGUGAAGCAGGUGAACCUGGCAGAGUUAUCACUGCAGGCUCUUCUUCCAACACUGUGGCAAUUCCUGGGCCACCUGGACCUGCUGGACCAGCUGGGCCUGCUGGAGCUCCUGGACUGUCGGGUCCCAUUGGCCCUGCCGGUCUUCCUGGCCCCCCCGGACCUAAGGGAGAAAGGGGUGAAAAGGGUAAUGAUGGAGAACCUGGAGUUUCUGCUAAAUCUGUUGAAAGAGUUAGGUUUGAGCCUGCUCUUCCUGGUCCUCCUGGGCCCCCUGGACCACCUGGAGAACCUGGCAAACCUGGUGAGGGCAAAACGGGCCAACCAGGACCCCCAGGUCCCCCUGGAGCGCCAGGUGUUGGACUACCUGGUCCACCUGGUGACAAAGGUGAACCAGGAAGCUUUGUUCCUACCUCAGAAACCUUUUUUGCUGGACCUCCUGGACCUCCUGGUGCUCCAGGAGAGCCUGGACAUCCUGGACUACCAGGAGAACCUGGAAUUGGUUUUCCAGGACCUGAAGGUCCAACUGGGCCCCCAGGUCCUGAAGGCCUACCAGGCCCACAGGGACCACCAGGCCCAGAAGGUCCACCAGGGCCGAAAGGUGAUGCUGGUGUCCCAGGGGCCCCUGGCAUCCCAGGAUAUUCUUAUGGUGCAGGCAGAAGUUCACCUGGACCACCUGGUCCACCCGGACCUCCAGGGCCUCCUGGACCUCCUGGUGAUGGCUCUGGCUCUCCAGAUAUUUCUCAGCAGCUUAACAAUCUUCUUAGAAAUGACGGCAUUAGGGAAUACUUAGCUGGUCCUCCUGGGCCUCCUGGACCACCUGGAAGUUUAUCUGAUGAUAAUUUGGCUAAUCGUGUAAUCAGUUACAUCCAAAGGGAGGACGUGAGGAAGUUUCUGGUAGGUCCCCCAGGACCACCCGGUCCUCCGGGUAUUCCAGGCCUCAACCCACAGGAAGUAGCUGGAAGAGUCCUCAAUCUCAUGAAUGAGCAGGGUAUGCUAACCCAAGCUGGACCCCCAGGAUCCCCUGGAUCCCCAGGAUUAGCCUAUAGUGAUCUACCAGUUCUCCUACAAAACGCUGGUUUUAGAGGUCCACCUGGACCUCCGGGACCUCCUGGACCUCAGGGCCCUCCUGGAAUCACAGGAAGCCUGGUGUCAUAUGCUGAGAACGCAAAUCAAGAGCCGAUCCGUGCCGAACUGCAGGAAUAUGUGAAGAGUGGCAGGGUGUUCCGUGAAGAACCAAGCCAUCAUUUUCCAAAGAGCAAACAUUUGCCGGUUGAGACUUUGGACUACCCCAGUAUUGCAGAACAAGUGGUGAACUACAUCAAAACUCAUGGUUUAUUGUUGCGGGAACUCAAAGAUAUUCAAGGACCACCUGGUCCCCCUGGACCACCUGGACGUCCUGGAAUCAGCCAUUCAUACAAUGCUUAUGGCAACAUGACCGAGCUAAUUAAAAUGAUUAGAGACAAUGGCAUGGUUGGACCACCAGGAAAACCUGGACAAAAAGGAGAAAUAGGAUAUCCUGGUCCCAGGGGACUAAAAGGUCCAAGGGGUGAGCAAGGCAUCCCUGGUCUACCAGGACUUCCUGGCAAUGACGGACUAAGAGGACAAAAAGGAGAAAAAGGAGAAGCUGCCUACUUAAACCACAAAAGAAAGAGAAGCACAGGUGUUUAGUAUGACACAGGAUGAAUCGAUGAACUUUUCAGAAACUUUCAGAAACUUCAGAUAUUUUUGUUUGCAAUUUUGUGUAAUAGCAAAAAAAAAAAACAUCAGACAGGGAAAUACAUAACAAUCUAUACUUACAGAACUGAAAGUACACAAAUAAUUGCAAUGCCUAACUUACAGUCAAGAUGGCAUAAUAAAAUGUGUGUACAUUUUUCAUUCCAUGUAUGAUCCAAAAGAUCAUACAUGCAUUGUAAUCAAAGUUUAUGCUCAAGUGUGGUAUUUCAUCAACUUUCUUAUUCAGGUAUACCUUUUUCUACUCUGAAUUUUUUGAAGAACAUGUUUUAACUACAACCUUUUAAAACUUUUGGUUUGAGUAACCAGAACUCUUUUAAAAAAAAUAUAUAUUUUACUUAGAAAAGCUCUGACACUGGAGUCUAAUCUCCUUAGUUUCAUAUUUGUAGUAUGGGAUUUUCCUUAUAUUUUAAAAAUGAUUUAUACUUUUUUAAUAAAAAAAAACAUCAUUUACUUCAUUAAUAAUUAGGCUCGUGAACCAAACUUAUUUUCUUAUGUGUCCUGGAGGGCAUUGAGUUUACUGUUUGCUAUAAUUGUCAAUGUCAAUACUAAUGCUAGUGUCUAUGGAGCAGUACUAAUGAUGUCAAUGGGGCAGUUGCAGUAAAAGCUUUGUACAAAUGACCAGAUAUUUGUGAGUUACCAGAUAUCCACUGUUACAUGUAAAAG